UAAUCUUGGUGGGAAAAGAUAACUAAUUGAGAGAACGUAGGUUGGCCACGUCAUCAAAAGACUUGUGCAUAGCAUCUCCUCAUAUCGCCGCCGAUAACAUCUCAAAACAAUUAAUGAAGCAUAUUUCAUUACCCCCAAAAUCAACCAACCGAUGGACAACGCACUUACAAUCGCAUCUCCUUCUUCACCAGCGUCGAUCCUCCGACGCCCUCCGCCGAUCGUUCCCGCCGCUUCUUCUUCUAAUUCAUAUUCAUCUUCAUUGAUUAUACGAAAUCCGUUACGUAUUCGGAAUAAUCACAUAAUAAAGCUAAGUAAGCAUUCUUCAUUCCAAAAUCGAUUUUCAUCAUCAUCGAAAGGUGAAAUAAAAUGUGUUAGGGAGAUAAACGAGAGUGAAUUCGAGGACGUGGUAUUGAAAUCUGAUCGGCCUGUUCUUGUUGAAUUCAUCGCCGGUUGGUGCGGUCCUUGCCGCUUAAUCGCUCCCGUCAUUGAAUCCGUCGCUCAGGAAUACGAAGAUAAAUUAUUGGUUGUAAAAAUAGAUCACGAUUCAAAUCCAGUGUUGAUUAAAGAGUAUAAGGUAUUCGGAUUGCCUGCGUUGAUUAUGUUUAAAGAUGGAAAAGAGAUACCCAAAAGUAGAAGAGAAGGUGCCAUUACUAAACCUAAAUUGAAGAUGUAUAUUGAUACAUUGUUGGAUUCGGUAUCAAUCGCUUAACUUUAAAAGCUACAGCAUUAUUAUUAAUAUUUUUUUUGUUAUCAUUUGUUACAUGAUUAAUUAUGAUCAACAGAUCAAGAGACUUGUAAUCUAUGUGCACAAAAGAGAAUUGUACAAAAAAAUGUAACACUCUCAUGUUUUUUA